GACCCGAUCCCCCACCAAACCACAAGCUGCUUCAACCUGAAGCAUCACGAUGAACAGGGUUCUCCUCUUAUUACUAGGCUUUUGCCUAGCCCAGGCAAACAUCGGGCAAGACCAGCCUGUCCCCGAGUACCGGCAUGGCCAGGACUAUCUGUACCGAUAUGAAGGGGAGAUCAAAUCCGGCCUCCCGCAGACCUCCCACCGAUUCUCCGGCAUGAAGAUCCGGGCAGACGUCCGGCUGCAGUUCCAAACCGACCCGCAAGACGUCCUCAUGCGUCUGGAAAAGAUCUCUCUCAGGACCCUCCUUGGAGAACUCGACUCCCCCGAGGAGAAGCGGAUGAUGACGAUGAAGACGUCUGCUGAGGAAGUCGUCCCCGAUCAGAUGUACGAGGAUUCCUUCAAGCAGGAUCACCUGGACAUGGCGGAAGACUGGUGGAUGACAAGAUGGCAGAAGAAGAAGGAGGCUUCUGAGGAGAUCCAAGAAUCAGAGAAGACGUCUUCUGAGCAGAGCUUCAGUCAAGAAGUCCCCGAACAAGACAUGCAGGAGUUCCGUAAGCACCUUGAGAAGGUUAUAAGGUUCCGCUAUGAGGAAGGGGACGUUAAGGACAUCGAAGCCAGAAAGGACGAGCCUCAGUGGUCGAUCAACUUCAAGAGAGGCGUUCUUCAUCUUCUUGAGCUGACUAUGGAUCCUCGUAAGUCUGAACUGAUGGACCGUGACGAUGACGUCACACCAAACACGUCCUACGAUAGGUCCGCCACGGAGAGGAUCUACCGCGUCAUGGAGGAUGACGUCACAGGGCGGUGCGAGACCCUGUACAACAUCCGGGACAAUCAGGUCCAGAAGAACAUCCGGGAGAUCGUCAAGACCAAGGACUACAGGAACUGUGAGGAGAGAAGGGAGCAUGCACAGGCCAUCCAGUCUGGAUUCAUUCCCAAACAACAGGAAGAGGAGCGGAAGGAGCUUCUGGAGUCGUCCGUGCAGACCCGCGCUGACGUCAUGAUGGACAGGAACGUCCCAGACAAGUUCAUCAUCAAGUCUGUGGAGUCACGUGGUCAGCACGUGUUCCAACCGUACUCAGACAAGGGCGGUGACGUCAUCACAUUCGCCAAACAGUCCAUGAGACUGCUGGAGACCUCACCCCUGACUGAGGAGCUCCCGGAGCCGGAGACAUCCGAGCGGAAGGGCGGCCUCAUGUUCGUGUUCGAGGAGAAGACACGUGACCGAACCUGGGACCGCUACCUGCGCAUGAGCGACGCCCAGAAACACGACUUCACUCAGAUGAAGAAAGAAAAGAUCCAAGCCCUGUGCCAGGACAUCUCUGUUGACCUGAAGAACGGAGUUUCCAUGGAGACGACCCGGAAGUUUAUGGAGCUGGUGGAGGAGCUGCGGGAUCUACAUCCGGGUCAGCUGCAGACAAUCGUCAUGGAGGAGAUGACAUCUCAGCAACAAGACUGGCAGAACAAGGACACCCGGAAGAUCCUACUUGACGCCCUGACCUUGGUGGGAAAUAAGGAGGCGCUCAAGGUCAUCCAGCAGCUGAUGGAGGAAGACAAGGUCACGGAUGACGAGUGCGCACAGCUGCUGACCGGGAUCUCCCUCUCCUUACAACCAUGUCCGGAGUCUGUCUCUACCAUGCUGGAUAUCGUGAAGUCUGCCCGCUCCCAGUCCAGUUCGCAGGUCCGCCGGUCCGCCUGGCUGUCUCUCGGCACGCUGCUGCACGGUCUGCUGGCUCACGGGAAGGACGGACAGCUGGAGAAACUUCUGCCGGACAACAAGGAGACAGUCAUGCAGCUGAGGAGGAAAUACUCACAGGAGCUGAUGACCUGCCUGGAAGACGCCCCAUCCGACGACGAGAAACUGACGUGUCUUAAAGCCAUCGGUAACGCCGGUCUGGAAGACACUGUGGACCGUCUUCAGGACCUCAUCACCGGGAAGAACUCUGACGUCACACCCUUGGAACUCCGUGUAGAGGCGAUCCGUGCCUUGUGGCGUGUGGCUGAGACGCUGCCUCACAAGAUCCUGAACAUCCUGUUCCCCGUGUUUAACAACCCGCAGAGGGACCCUGAGGAGAGGACCGCGGCGUUUGACGUGAUGAUGGCGUCCGACCCCACACUGUCGGUACUAGAGAUGAUCGCUCAGGCAACACAGAGGGAGACCAGCAACCAGGUUGGCCAGUAUGUCUACACUUCCCUUAAGAAGUUGUCAGAAAGCGAACUUCCCAAAGACAAGAGAAUGAAGAGGGAUUGCACAAUCGCCCUGCGUCUUGCCAAGCCCUUCAACAAAGGCAUCCAGUACUCCCAGAGCCGGAGGUUCCAGGCUAUGGACAAGGACAUGCGGAUGGGAGCCGCUAUGGACAUUAACACCGUUGCCGAUAAGAGCUCCGUCUGGCCACGUUUUGCCAGCGCCAAACUAGGUGUGCACGCGCUGGGCUAUCACAUGGACGUGUUGGAGACCGGAGUCCGCGUGGAGGGACUACAGGCCAUGAUCGACUCGCUCCUAGGUAAGGAUAAAGAGGACAAGAAGAGCAUCUUCGAUUACCUGAAGAAGAAGAGUCAGGAGCGCCACCUUCUGAAGAACCCGGAGAACAGCAGGAAGUCUCUCCACGACAUGGAGAUGGAAAAAAUCCAGCAGAAGCUUCCAGUGGAAACCCGCCGGACCAGCGAGCCCCGCGGCCACGUUUACAUGAAGUGGUUCGGGAACGAGAUCAGAUUUAAUCCAAUCAACAAGGACGACAUGCAGCAGCUCAUGAACCAGGGCCGCUGGCCAAUCACAGACAAUGAGGAGGAACUACGUCACGGCAUGGAUACUCACGUGACCAAGGCAACCAAGCUUGUUGAAGCCUCCAGGCAGAUUCCUACUCAGCUGGGCCUGCCGAUCACCUUGGAGAUGAACUCUGCCCUCCUGAUGACCUCUGACCUGACCACCAAGCUGAAGGUCACACCAGGCAUCUUCCGGGAGGACAGGCAGAACCAGGAGGUCAAGGGUGUAGACUGUGAGGUCAAGGGUCACCAGGACCUGGCCCUGCAGGUUGUUGGUAAGAUGAGUGUGGACUGCCGUGUCAUCCAGUCCGGAGUCGCGCUGAACGCCGUGAUGACUGCCACCCUCCCCCUGUCCGGGAAAAUGGCGCUCGACCUGGAGAACAAGAAACACCAGCUCAGCAUCGACACACCCGAGAAGGAGCGAGAGCUCUUCGUGUGGAAGUCAGAGCCGUUCGUGUUUACCGAGGAGAGACAAACCCACCCGAACCCCGACGGAGUCGAGCUCGAAGACAAGAUCUUUAAGAAGAUGACAAUCCAAGGCAAGAAGACGCAGAGGUGGCCAAAUAAGUUCCACACAAGCUUCGGAAGGGAAGAGCUCGGGAUGGAGUUCUCCCUGGACACCAAGAUGGUUUCCCGCAUAAACAAGGAGCAGACCUCCCCCUUCCAACCCCUUACAGGCCCCAUGGAGCUCCGACUGUCCUGCAAACCAGGCAUGCACGCCCCCACGCAGAUCGACUUGGAACUGCAGCACAGUGAAGACACCGUCCGCCACUUGAGUCCUCUGGAGCGCUUGGUCUUCACAGAAGAGAACGAAAGAAGAAAUGAGCUGCGGAUGGAGGUGUUAGUUCUCGCUAAGCACCCCCAGCACCCUCGCACCAUGAAGAUUAAACUCAACGUGUAUGACGAGAUAAACCCGGAAGACACGGGAACUGAUUCUGAGGAGGCCCGCAUCCCCGGACGGUUCCGUUACGGCAAGUCUGAUUGGACGGAACCUGGCGUUUCCAUGGAGACUGACGUCAUGAUGAAGCAGUGGCUUGACCGGAUUCUGCGCAGAACGAUCGCAGUGCAGCUGGAGCGAUCUCCCAUCCCGGGCCAGGAGACUCAAGAUUUUAAGCUGUGCGUGACAACUGAGUUGGAGUUCCCCGCCGUGCCUGAGUGGCGUCUGCUGCAGGACAGGAGGGUCAGAACUAACGUCAACGCCAAGUGGGGACGAGACUGCUCCGGGAACGACAAGAGGAUGAAGAUCAAUGCGAGGUGGCAGAAAUCCGAUGAACAGCGCCGCCUGGAGCGGAAAGAGGAACUGCAGGAGCAGCACCACUCUAGUCAGGAAGACACAAGCGAGGAGUUCAGCCAUCCCGACAAGACUACCAUCUAUAGUGCGUGCCUACAGGACCGGCGACAGGGUCUGAUUGAGACUCCGGUCUGCAGGAGAGCGGUAGAACAGCGCAGUCAGCUCAGACAGAUGGAUAUCGACAUCGAGUAUCACAACAUUCCCACCUGGAUGAAGGAACUGUCCUCCGUAGUAAAGCAGUACAUCUACCACGUCUUCUUCGACCGUCUCACUGUCCAAGACAUCGACAUCCACAAUGACGAAAACAAGCUGCGCAUGCGCUGCACCGUCGAUCAGGAGGAGAAGGAGAUGAACGUUACCAUGGCAACGCCAGAAGAGAACGCCGAGAUCAGCAGAAUCUCCAUCGAGGAGCCGAAGAUCCGUCUAGACGUCUCCAAACUUCUUAAGGUGCCUAUGAUGAAGACGGUGUGGAACGUUGACUUCCCCAUGCAGUUCCCUUCCACAAAGAAGACCAUGAGAGAACAGUACAUGGACAUGCUGAUGGGCAACAAGUUUACCACUUACUGCAAGUUCCAGCCCAACAACAGAAUCCGGACAUUUGACGGAGUGGAGUUCACGUACAAGGUCGGACCGUGUGACCACAUCCUGGCCAAGGACGCCUCUCCCGAGCAGAAGUUCAUGGUCCUCGUCAACAAACCCGACAUGGAAAACACCAAGAAAACCGUCAAGGUGUUUCUGAAGGGGAAGAAGAUUGAGAUGUCGGUAAACAACGAUCAGCCUUCCAGCGGGGAAGAGAGACAGAUGCAGAUCACCAUUGACAGCCGCCAGGUGUCGCUUCCGCACAUGAUUGUCCACAAAAUCUACAAGGACGAAGAGGAUGCUGGGAGUCCCGUCAUGUUCACCCUCCAGAAGGUCGGGAAGAAGGUCAAGGUCAACUGUGAUGACCUUGGGCUGAUGGUGGAGACGGACGGACACAGCACGGAUGUCAAGAUUUCUCACGACUACCGGGGUAAGAUGGCGGGCCUGUGCGGGAACUUUGACGGGGAGCACCACUCUGAAUAUGAGGGACCCAGCCGGGAGAUCUACGCCUCUCCGUUCGACUUUGGUCUGUCCUACAGGAUCCCCAGCCCGGAAUGUCACCAGGAAGGUAUGAGCCUGUCGGUGAUGCGUAACGUGAGGAUCACCCAGCUGAACGAGUUCGGGAAGAAGGAGACUUGCUUCUCUAAGAUGCCGGUGGCGCAGUGUCCCGAGGGAUUCAAGGUCACCCGGAGUGAAACCCGCGACAUGGAGUUCCACUGUCUGCCGUCUGAUCUGAACAGCACCAAGAAAUACAUCCAGUUGCACAAGACGAAACCCCUGGACAUGAUGGCAAAUAAACGCACCGAUCGCAUCGAAGAGGUCGAAGCAGAACUCGAGUGCGAGAUGGAGUGACUGCAGCCAAAUGUGUCUUACUUCUACCCGGUUUACUACAAAUGAAAAAUCCACGAAUCGCUUGAAAAUGUAGAUAUUAAGCUCUGAUUUAGCACCAAUGUGUAUAUCUUAGAAAGGCUUACACAGUUUGAAUGAGAAAAAAAGCUAUUCUAAUAAUAACAUAUGAUGGGCUAUAUUUAUGAAGAGGAAAAGAGUCGUUAAUAUUUUAAAUUUUCUUAAAAGUAAUAUGUGUAGUUUAGCUAUAUGAUGAUAUAAUGAUAUGAUUAUAUGAUGAUUAUUAUAUAAUGAUGGUACAUUUUUGCUGGCCAAAACGGAGCUUCAUAUUAAAACAUCAUGCACACUCAA